GUGUGUCUGUGUGUCAGUGUCUGUCUGUCUCCUGUGGUCGCGGACACUGAUUUACAACAGACGUCAGUGGCCGCACAAAGGCUUCCGAUCAGAAUGUGACUGUCGGUCCCCCGGUCCCGGGGCUGCGGUGUGAGCGGCUCUGUGGUACAGAGUGGACCCCCGAGAAGAGACCCCUCUCCCCCCUCCCGCUCGCUAUGGGGGGCUGCUGCUCCACAGAACCUCUGACAAAUAUUGCUGAGAACCUCCCAGAGACGAGAAGCACUGCUCAGUGUAAGAAUCUUGCAUCGAGCGAGGAAGAGAAAGAAUCUCCAGCGGCCUUUGAAGACCAUAAAAUCUGCAAGCAAGACAGGACCGAUUUCUGCUGGGACCCCAUUCAGAAUUGCUUUGGCAGCAGCAGUGGAAUUUUUUCUGGCUCCAAACAGACUCUGAAUGGCUAUGACAUCAAUGCGUUGGCAAGAUCCUCACUCGUUGGGCUGGUUCAAACAGUGAAAGAUCACAUCACAAAGCCUACAGCCAUGGCCCGAGGCCGGGUGGCUCAUCUGAUCGAGUGGAAGGGCUGGAGUGCCCAGCAGAGAGGCUGGAACCGGUCACUGACGGAUGAAGACUAUUACUCAGACCUCACAGAUGAACUGAAAGAAGCUCGGUUUGCGGCAGGUGUGGCUGAACAAUUUGCCGUCACUGAGGCCACACUGAGUGCCUGGUCCUCGCUGGAUACGGAAGAGGUGGUUGACGGGACCAGCCCGAGUGUAACAGAUAACCCUUUUGAUACGGAGGAAAUAGUUCCCCAAGAUCACCCUCUGAGCGGAUCCCAAGGCCUUUACUGUCUGAACGUGGAAGGCAGCAGCGCAGAACAUGCCACCCCUGGCCUGUCGUGCCCAGCCAGCCUGGCUGAGGAGCCCUCGCAAGGCAAGGCGUUCUCCCCUCUACAUUCAUCCCAGGAGGCGUCCGUCACAGGAAGUUUACUGACUCACGAGCCUCCCAACUUCUUGUCUCUGCCCGAUGCCAACGUGUGUGGCCUGGCAUUAAACAGAACACUGGGCCAGAGCACAGACAGUUACCAGCAGCGCUCUCACUCUUACAACAGCAUGUCCGGCAUUGAGGACGACGUGUUUUAUAACUAGACAGGACAAGAAGGUCUUUAAGGUUGCUCUUUAACAUAGAGUGUACUUUCAGGCUGCAGUGCCCAUCCAUCCCACCAUCAGCAGAAUUCUCCAAUUGUCCUUGUGGUUUUNGUGGUUCAUUAAGUCCUGGGUUUCUCUGUGUGAAUGUAUUUUUGUUGGUGUGUUUUUGUUGGUGUGUUU